AUGGCAGACACAGAGCAAGUAGAAGCGCCCCUGGAACCCCAGGGACGAGUUGUAACAUACUGCGGAGUCUGUACUCUGCCCCCCGAAUACUGCGAAUAUGGCGGCACGGCAAAGAAGUGCCAAGAUUGGCUACAGAGCAACCAGAAGGAAAUGUACGACAGGAUAUGGUCGGCCGAGGCCCUUGAGGCUGCCACCGCGUCGCUGUCGGUCGAGGCCCAGAAGCGCGCCGCAAAGGACGCCCAGAAAAAGACGGCCAAGGCCGAGGCCGCCGAGGCCAAGCAGGCCGACAAGCUCGCCAAGAGCGUCGUCACCAUCAAGCGCAUCGAGCGCAACAAGCGCAAGUUCGUCACGGCCGUCAUCGGUCUCGAGACGUUUGGCCUGGACCUGAAAAAGUGCGCCAAGGACUUUGGCAAGAAGUUCGCUACUGGCUCGUCUGUGACAAAGGUCCCCAGCGGCGGCGAGGAGAUUGUCGUGCAGGGUGACGUGAGCGACGAGCUGGAGGAGUUUAUUCUGGAAAAGUACAAGGAGAUACCCGAGGACAACAUUGAGCUGGUGGACGAUAAGAAGAAGAAGAAGGCGGCUGCCAGUUAG